AUGGAUCAUAAACUGGCCACCGCCGAGAAAGAUGUGUUGGAAGAGUUGGUGAGGGAAGUGAAUCUUCGAGGUCUACGAGGAGAACAAGGAGGAUGGAUGGAAUUUUUAGCUGUUUGCAAUCAAAAAGAUAUAGCACCACAUAACCUUUCGUUGGUUCCCCGUGACGUGUUGGUCGCUUUUCUCACAAGUUUUAAGAAGAAAGAGGAAUUUCAGACUCUGCGAUGUCGUGCCAACCGUCUCCUAGUUGAAAUGUUGAAACAAGAGUCUCCUGAAAAUGAUACUCCUGAGCAGAUGCUUAUUCGAUUGACCAUGAAGCAUCGGGAGUUCUCGCUAGACUAUUCUUUCCCGUCACUCUCCAAUGACUGGUUAGUAUCCGAUAUUGGAAUGAAGUCGUCGACUGUGAUGAAAUCAACCGACAUGAUAGCUGUUGACUGUGAGAUGGUUCUUUGUGGAGAUGGUUCUGAAGGUCUGGUUAGAGUUGGCGCUGUAGACCGUCAUGGAAAGGUGUUUCUUGACCAAUUUGUGAAACCGGACAAACCUAUUGUUGACUAUAGGACAGCCAUUACCGGAGUUACUGCAAAUGAUAUUGAGAAAGUUACUCUCUCGGUGGCAGAUAUUCAGAGAGAACUUCAGCCCCAUCUUUCUAAUGGUGCCAUUUUAGUUGGUCACAGUCUGAACAAAGACAUGAAAGUGUUGAAGAUAGAUCAUCCUAAAGUAAUCGAUACAGCUCUCGUGUUUAAAUUUUCAAAUGCAAGAAAUUCAAGAAAACCUUCACUUAAUGACCUUUACAAGGCGGUUUUUGGCAAGGAAGUCCGAAAGGAAGGUGUUUCUCAUAAUUGUGUACACGACGCAGAAGCCUCGAUGAAUAUUGCACUUGCUUUUAUUAAGAAACCAUUUGACACAACAAUUACCCCAACAAAAGAGAUGCUGGAGGCUGAGAAAUCAAGGCUCUUUAUUCAUAGAAUCCCUUCCUAUGUGUCUUCUGAGAAACUGAACACUGUUCUCGCUGGAGAGUUUCGUUUAAGAAACUUUAAGCUUGACGUCAAGUCAGCAAAAACUCUGGGAGGUAACUAUUGCGCAAUUGUUGUCUUUGAUAGUUCUAAAGAAGCUGAUCAAGCAUUCGAAAACGUUAAUGGAUACAGAGAGAGGGAUUCAUUUGGUUUGCCACAGAAACUGUCUACCUUGAAGCUGAGUUCGGGAUUAAGUGCAACAUGUUAUGUGCGCAAAAUGGUUUAA